GUUUGUUAAUGCUUGUGGCUUGAGUGUGUUAUAAACUGCCGUGUCGCGGGGCAUAGGCUGUAUUCUCCCCCAGUGUACGCGUUUUGUUCCCGCCGUAGACUAUGCAGAGUGCCGUCGGAAAGAGGACUGCUAUUAUUCUUUUAUUGCUUAUGUGGGCCGCCAUCGGUAAUAGUGCAACACCAAGGCAACCCGUGGUCACGGCGUGAAUGAAUCCACCUCCAUGACCCAAGGCCAAAAAUCAGAUUAAUAUACUGACCAUUCAGAGAAUGGCCUACCAGAUAUUAAACUGAUAAGAACAGAUACUACACUUGAUCUUAGCCAUUAGGCCGAGAAGCGAUAAAGAACAAGCGUUGCCAUGAUAGGCAUCGUCCACACACCGUAACUGCUUGUGGAGCAUGUCACGUUACUGUAAAGCUUACAACUGUCACCGCGUACGGAUGGACGGCGACAUAGUAAAAAUCACGGCUGUUGAUUUAGCCGUAGGAUGGAGAGCGACUGUAGCGAGUGGAUGGUAACUUACAUGAAUGCUAACAAAGGCGACGAUACUAAGUGCGUGAUAUUACUUUCCAAUAUGUCUGCGUACAUUCCGUUUAUCAACGCAUUACGCCAGAACGUGCGCGCGCGUUACACAGUAGACCAUGCAGCCGAAAUGCGACAGUGCGACCCUGCCAGGAGUCGAACCUGGAAUCCCCUGAUUCGUAGUCAGAUGCCUUAUCCAUUGGGCCACAGGGCCAUGCUUAUGACUUCGCCCCAUCGUCAUUUUGGCUUGCGCAUUCGUUUUACUUACGACAGAAUUCUUCGUGUUUGUAGCCAUGAAAGAAAGGGACUUCUGUGAGUGAAUUUUUUUACUGUGGUCUAAUAAAAAAGUCGAAACGCAGUGCCCAAUAUAUGAAUUGCUCCUAAUAGCCGGAAACAGGCCGUGUCGAUGAUGUAGGCCGACAUACGCAACGCAAACCAAAGAACGCUUUAUGAAAAUCCUAACACGAGCGCGGAAGAAGCCCAAAUUAACAGACUAGAUGUAAUGCUGAAGACCUCAAACUCCAGCAGCUUCUCUUGCAGACUAUUGCGUCGUACUACAAAUAAAAAUUAACAUGCUUUCGCAUAGUCGCGGCACCCAAAACGGACAUUAUACGAUGUACAGAAACACACAUUUCUGUUUUCGCGCCAAAUCAAUUCCCGGGAGUGGUACUUUUACGUCCGCAUACUUCGCACCGUCUUAAAUUAUAUCUCAUUUACACGGUAAUGUUUAGUAUACUUCUACUGUGAUAACAAGCAUCGUUUAUCGUUGGAUUGUUGUAAGAAAACAUUAAAAAUGAGUGAAGCAGCUUCUCCAAAGAAAAUCGCACCCAAGAAGAAACCUGCUGCAAAGAAGACAGCUGAUCACCCUAAAUAUGUGGACAUGAUCAAGGCUGCUAUCGCUACCCUAAAGGAACGCGGUGGUUCAUCUCGCCAAGCUAUUACAAAAUAUAUUCAUGCAAAUUACAAAGUUGCUGAAAACUCAGAUCAUCAUCUGAAAAUGGCUCUUAAACGAGGAGUAACAUCAGGCGAUUUGAUUCAAACUAAAGGCACUGGUGCUUCUGGAUCAUUCAAGCUAGGUCAGGUAAAAAAAGAAAAACCUAAGAAAAAGGCCGCAGCAAAAAAGCCAACGGCAAAGAAGCCUACUGCAAAGAAAAGUACACCAAAAAAGAAGCCAGCAAAGAAGAGCACGCCAAAGAAAGCAGCAAAGAAGCCUGCCACAAAGAAAGCCUCGGCUAAGAAACCAGCAGCUAAGAAACCCACAAAGAAGCCUGUUGCUAAAAAACCUGCAGCAAAGAAGGUCAAAAAGACUCCCAAAAAGGCAGCAAAGAAGACCGCAAAAAAAUAAUUUGUGUGUAUCUGGCUAUUACAUUAACAAACGGCUAUUUUUAUAGCCACACAUUUACAAAAAAACAUUAUCUUGGUACAAAGUUAAACUUGUUUAAGUCACU